UUUGUCUCUCCUCUCUAAACACGUACAAACAGAAAACACAAGACACGAACCGUUCCCAAUUUGGUGUGAGAGUAUUCGCGCUUUUUCUGUUGCUUUAUUUUUCCCUCAAAUUCUCGUUAAUUUCUACCGCAGAGUUUCGGGUGACAGAGGAAUUAGGGCGUCUUUGGAUAUUGAUUGGUGAUUUGGUAAAUGGGGAGGGUGUUCGCGAUUGAUUUGGAUGGAAGCAUGUAUAUUUGCAAGCACUGCAAAACGCAUCUCGCGUUGCUUGAAGAUAUUGUAUCUAAGUCUUUCCACUGCAGGCAUGGGAAGGCUUAUCUCUUUAAUAAAGUUGUGAAUGUUAGUGUCGGGGAGCAAGAAGACCGGAUGAUGAUGACUGGAAUGCACACUGUUGUCGACAUAUUCUGUGUGGGUUGUGGAUCAAUUGUGGGAUGGAAAUAUGAAGCUGCUCAUGAGGAGAGCCAAGAAUACAAAGUUGGGAAAUACAUUCUGGAGAGGUUUAAGGUUAAGGGUCCAAAUGGAAGCAACUAUUCAAUCACUCAAGACUCACCGUCGAUGGUUGGGAGCGACUCACAGACGGUUGGAAGCGACACCGAUGACAUGUGAUUAGUAUGUGGAGUUGUCUGAUCCUAGAACUAUUUAUCAACUGUACAUCCUCAACCAUAAAUUUCCUUGUUUCUGCCAAUUUUUAUCUACAUGUUAUGUUCCACAGGUGAACAUAGUUCAUUUGGGAGAAUGGGUAGUUACUCUGAAUAUCAUUGUUGAAUUCUAACAUAUUCUACAUGAAUUGAUAGGUCAUUUGGGGAAAUGAUACCCAUGCCCUACUAUUUUUUUUCAUCUUUAAUUAUUAUAUUUGGAAUUUCGUUUUUUCUUUA